AGGAAAAGGAAACUUUGGGGAAACCGAAAGUAGCAAGGAGGGGAAGCACCCACUGAGCCCACGUCGUCCCUGGGUCCUGAGGAAGCCUCUCUGUUUAGGGACCAUGAGCCGCAAUUCCCAGCGCUUCUUCACCGGCCCCCAAACCGGAGUCCCCCCAUCCUACGAGAUGCUCAAGGAGGAGCACGAGGUGGCCGUGCUGGGGGCUCCCCAGGUCUCAGCACCCGUAACAACCACCGUGGUCAACAUCCAGCCCGAGACCGCCGUGCCCGACCACAUCGUCUGGUCCCUGUUCAACACGCUCUUCUUCAACGUCUGCUGCCUGGGCUUCGUGGCGUUCGCCUACUCUGUGAAGUCUAGGGACCGGAAGAUGGUGGGUGACGUGAUUGGGGCCCAGAGCUACGCGUCCACCGCCAAGUGCCUGAACAUCUCCGCCCUGCUCCUGGGCCUCCUUGGGACCAUAGGGUCCAUUGUUCUUCUGGUGCUGGUGGUGUUGCCGACAGUCAGCUAUGCAAUAACACAGGCCACGCAGAACCACGAAGGCUACUAGUGUCUGCCUGCCGCUGCUGAACCGCGUCCUCCCAGCCACUGGCCUUGGGCCUCCUUGUCAUGUUUACUGGCAUCAUCUCUGCUGUCACCAUGUCCAUCGUUUUGGUAGGGGGCUUUAAGAAUUGGGAAAUUUUAGUUUAAGGUAAAAAGAUAGGAGUCUAGUGAGUCAUGCGCAUGUUCAAGCUUUUGUUUCAGACCCUACAGAUAGAUAAGGCUCCAGGGAAAACAGCCGACCCCCGAGGGCCCUGCUAAAGACCACCGCCUGGGGAGAAGUGCAGGCAUCCUGGCCUUUGUGUUCUGGGGCGAGACAGACCACCACCCGCCCCUGAGGACAGCGGACCUCCCUGGACUGAGCUCCUGGACUGAACGUUGCAGUUCCUUUUACCUAAGCCUUAAAUUUUAAAACCCCUCACCACACCUUGUUUAUUCCCUGCUGUAAAAACCUUGGCCUAGAAAGAAAAGACAAGAUGAUCUGUUAGGGUGUGAACAUCUUCUCAGAUUGCCGACCAUCGGAAUAAAGGGCCCAUGAAGAGUCAA